AUGCCGCAAUUACUAUUCCCGAUCCGCAAAGCCCGUGUUCGCACAUCGAGCAACCAAAGCAACAUGGGCACUUGCUUCUCAAAUUUGAAGUCUGGAAAAGAUGAUAAUUCGAUCGUCAGAGUACAGCAAGGACUUCUCGAAGGUUUCCGUGUCAAAACCCCGAAAGGUGAUCUCUGUGACGUCUUCCACGGAAUCCCAUACGCAGAGCCUCCAGUCGGAAAUCUCCGUUUCAAGAAACCACAACCUCCAAAACCGUGGGAUGGAAUUCGAAAGUGUAACAAGUACCCAAAUAGAUCAAUUCACAAAGAAAUGCCAUGGGAUAAAGCACUGCCGAGAGCAAAUCAAAGUGAAGAUUGCCUCUAUUUGAAUGUUUUUGCUCCCAAGAUUAGAGAAGACAAGAAAUACCCUGUCUUGUUCUACAUUCACGGCGGCGGAUAUGUGAUGGAUUCUGCAGAGAGAUAUACUGCCAAGAACAUCUGCAGAUUGCUUGUCUCCCGUGAAAUCAUCGUCGUCACUUGUCACUAUCGUCUCGGCUUCCUCGGUUUUCUAUCAACCGGAGAUGACGUGUGUCCAGGAAACUUUGGAUUGUUCGACAUGCUUGAAGCGAUGAGAUGGACCCAUGCCAACAUCGCUUCUUUCGGUGGUGACCCAGAUAACAUUACACUUUCUGGACAGUCAGCCGGUGCAGCCGCCGCCGAUCUUUUAUCGUUUUCUCCACUUGCCAAAGGACUUUUCAAUAAGAAAAUCGUAAUGGGUGGUAAUUCAUACUGCCAUUGGGCAACAACAAGCAAAGCAGAAAUCAGGGAGUACUGCAAGAAGUGGGCGAAGCGACUUGGCUGGAAACCGAAAGUGAACUAUGCGACGAAGAGAGAGGAGAGUGUCGACAUCUUCAACUUUUUCAAUGAACUACCCACUUCAAAACUCGGCAUGACAAUGUUCUUCUCGAAUACCAUCUUCAAAGAGUGUCAACUCCCACUUGCCCCAAUUGUCGAUGGAGAUAUUCUUCCCUAUAACUUGAAAAUUCUUCGAGAAACUCAAGAGCACGUUCCAUCUCUUGUCGGUGGAGGAGAAUACGAGGCACUCCUUUUCUGUGCAAUCGGUUUGUUACGUGGUACCGAGAAGGAAAUCAACAGUGCCAUUGACGUAUUGUCCAAGAAAAGCGGAUUAGCAAGGUCAAAGAUUGAGGCGAUGACCGAAAAGGUUUACGGAGAUUCUCCUGCAUUGAGGGCUGAUCCGAAAGCCAGAAAAUUGUUUUAUGUUAAUUUAAUCUCCGAUGUGUUUGCCAAUUACGGAAAUUACCGUUUCAUGAGAGACUGCCAGAAACGAGGAACCGAAUGUUACGGGUACUCGUUCGAUCAUCAAAGCAAACAAAUGUGGGGAUGGCUACAACACGUGGUUCCAUUCACUGGUGGCACUCACACUUCUGAACUUUCAUACCUUUUUGACUGCAAUUACAUGUCGGCACCACUUGGAAUGAACAAGACCGACAAAGUUGUUAGUGGAAUGACCGCCGAUUACUUCACGAACUUCGUCAAGUUUGGAACACCAAACGGACCGAAUUCUCAACUUCCAAAAUGGGAACGGAUCUCUUCAGACGAUGAACAUAUGCAACUGUUCAGUAUCAAACCAGAACCUGAAAUGAAGACAACUGUAUAUGGAGCCAGAAUGGAAGUUUAUGAAGAGCAUGUUGGCAUCAUUUAUGAAGAGAAAGCCACAGCUCCAAUAUCUCCACGUACUGACUUUGCACCCAGUAUUGUCUCCUCUGGAAGUGAUAACAGUUUGCAUAUUCUUGUUAGUUAA